UUUCAAUUCAAUCUCCAAUUAGGCUCCAAAAGACCACACUCUCUUUGUCAUCUUUAUCAAAUCACCAGCCACCUGUAUAACUUGCUGAAUCUUCUCCAACUUUCCAGACUUAAACCAACAAAUAUCCCCAUCACUUGAUCACUUCUACAAAUAAAACUUCCUCUGUAUUCUUUUCCAAUGUUCAAUCUAAAGCCUCAAUCUUUGAUCUUCAAUUUCACAUUUCAAUGGCAACCCUUUUCAUAUCUCCACCUUCCUCAUCAUGGGUAUGUAACAAAAUUCAAAAUCCCACCAAAAAAAUCCAAUCUUUUUCCAAUAUUCAUCACCCACUUCCUAUUUUCACUUCAAAAACACUGAAAAUCAGUAAAGUUAGGUUUUCUUUGCAAGAUGAAAGAGAAAAGGAGACAUCUUCUGUAGCUGUUGUGGAUGAAAAAGAUAAGAAUGAAGAAACCCAUAAAGGAGAACAAUUUGAGGAGAAAGAAGAUGGUGCACAACAAGAUUUGGAUUGGAAAACUGAUGAAGAAUUCAAGAAGUUUAUGGGAAAUCCUUCAAUUGAAGCUGCAAUUAAGCUUGAGAAGAAAAGGGCUGAUAGAAAGUUGAAAGAACUUGAUGCUGAGAGUAAUAGUGAUAAUCCAAUUGUGGGGAUUUUCAGUAAAAUUGCUCGUGAUAAUUUGUUAAGAGAGAAAGAGACAUUGGAGAAAGUUGAACAAGCUUUUAAGGCCCUUGAUCUUAACAAGUUGAAGAAUUGCUUUGGUUUUGAUACAUUCUUUGCAACGGAUGUUCGAAGAUUCGGUGAUGGAGGGAUUUUCGUAGGAAACUUGAGAAAGCCUAUAGAAGAAGUCAUGCCUAAAUUGGAGAAGAAACUCUCUGAGGCGGCAGGGACGGAGGUUGUGUUAUGGUUUAUGGAAGAGAAGAAGGAUGAUAUCACGAAACAGGUAUGUUUAGUGCAACCAAAGUCGGAAAUUGAUCUUCAGUUUGAAUCGAGCAAGCUGAGCACUCCUUGGGGGUAUAUAAGCGCAAUAGCCUUGGGCGUCACAACUUUCGGUACGAUUGCGUUGACAAGUGGUUUCUUUGUCAAGCCUGGUGCAUCAUUUGAUGACUACCUGGCUGAUGUUGUGCCUCUUUUUGGCGGUUUUCUUACCAUCUUGGGUGUCUCUGAGAUUGCCACAAGGUUGACUGCAAAUCGAUAUGGGGUCAAGCUCAGCCCAUCUUUUCUUGUUCCUUCGAAUUGGACGGGGUGCUUAGGAGUAAUGAAUAAUUAUGAGUCCCUCCUACCGAAUAAGAAGGCUCUUUUCGAUAUUCCUGUGGCUCGUACAGCCAGUGCAUAUCUGACUUCCUUCGCACUUGCGGCUGCUGCCUUUAUAUCUGAUGGUAGCUUUAAUGGUGGUGAUAAUGCACUGUUUGUAAGGCCUCAAUUUUUUGAGAACAAUCCGUUGUUUUCUUUCAUCCAAUACGUGAUUGGACCUUAUGCUGAUGAUCUCGGAAAUGUAUUGCCUAAUGCUGUGGAAGGAGUAGGAGUACCAGUUGAUCCCCUUGCCUUUGCGGGGCUUUUAGGAAUGGUGGUAACAUCGCUGAACUUGCUGCCUUGCGGGAGACUAGAAGGAGGCCGAAUUGCGCAGGCCAUGUUUGGAAGGAACACCGCAACAUUGCUCUCCUUCGCAACUUCUCUUCUACUCGGCAUUGGUGGGCUAAGUGGGAGUGUUAUUUGUCUUGCAUGGGGAUUGUUUGCUACCUUCUUCCGCGGAGGAGAAGAGAUUCCGGCUAAAGAUGAGAUUACUCCAUUGGGCGAUGAUCGAUAUGCAUGGGGUGUCGUCCUCUUCCUUAUAUGCUUCCUCACGCUCUUCCCUAAUGGAGGAGGUACCUUCUCGAGUUCGUUCUUUAACGGCCCGUUUUUUAGAGGCGAUUUGUAAAUAGGUGAAUCUAUAUGAUGUAUAUUUUUAUGCUCUUUUGAUCUAGAAUCUUAUGUAUUUGCUCCUGUUUUUUGUUUGUAAGUUGUAAAUUUAAGCUAGAAUGUUAAUACAUUGGAGCAUGGAAGUUGUAAUUUUGCAAAAUAAUACUAGUUGUAAAAUGCAUCCAAA